CGAGCGCCUCCACUGCUGGUCCGUUGGCCAGAUCAACUCGCCGCGUGGGCCGGCCGUUCCCUGAGAGUCUGAGCGCUCGCCGCACCCCCCUUCCGAGCUUCUAUUGGCCGUAGCAGACGUCCGUCUGCCGCUAUCUCCGCCCCAAUACGGAAGCAGCCUAGUCCUCCGGCUCCGACAGCUGGGUGUCCAGGCCAUGGGGCAGCCCUGGGCGGCUGGGAGCACGGACGGGGCGCCCGCGCGGCUGCCUCUCGUGCUCACCGCGCUGUGGGCCGCGGCCGUGGGCCUGGAGCUGGCUUACGUGCUGGUGCUCGGUCCCGGGCCGCCGCCGCUGGGACCCCUGGCCCGGGCCUUGCAGCUGGCGCUGGCCGCCUUCCAGCUGCUCAACCUGCUGGGCAACGUGGGGCUCUUCCUGCGCUCGGAUCCCAGCAUCCGGGGCGUGAUGCUGGCCGGCCGCGGUCUGGGCCAGGGCUGGGCUUACUGCUACCAGUGCCAAAGCCAGGUGCCGCCACGCAGCGGACACUGCUCUGCCUGCCGCGUCUGCAUCCUGCGUCGGGACCACCACUGCCGCCUGCUGGGCCGCUGCGUGGGCUUCGGCAACUACCGGCCCUUCCUGUGCCUGCUGCUUCAUGCCGCCGGCGUCCUGCUCCACGUCUCUGUGCUGCUGGGCCCUGCACUGUCGGCCCUGCUGCGAGCCCACACGCCCCUCCACAUGGCUGCCCUCCUCCUGCUUCCCUGGCUCAUGUUGCUCACAGACAAUCCAUGUCCUGCCACAGCUCUGACCACCACAAAGAGGAGUCCUCGGUGUCCACGCUCGAUAUUGUGCAUGUGUCUCCAGCAGCUUAGUGAGCACCCUCGCCUGCCUCCUGCUCAUCUCCACAGGGAGGUCCCAUCAAUACCUCAGGCUCAAUGCUGCGGAAACCAGCCUCAUGGUCCUGCCUCCGUCACUGCCUCCCUGUCCAUCAAGUCACCUAGGUCCACCCCUCACAUCUCACCGUUUGCAGGAUCACAUGACUCUUCCCCAGGCCACGUCCAGGGCCCACCCCGCCCCCACCCCACUGUCCCUCCUCUUCCAGACUGGGCACCUCGGUCCCCCAGGCUGGCUUCGCUCUUCCGUUUAUGUGUGAAGUGGCUUCUGCCAUUCAGGAGUUUCACAUUUUAUGUGCUUUUUCUCCAGUACUUCUACAAUUUAUUUUUAAUCUAUCCAGAACUAAUUUUUGUGGCUGGUAUGAAGAAAAGGUCUGAUUUUCUUCCUUUUUUUUUUUUUUUUUUUGAGACAGAGUUUCACUCUUGUUACACAGGCUGGAGUGCAAUGGCGCGAUCUCAGCUCACUGCAACCUCCGCCUCCCGGGUUCAAUCGAUUCUCCUGCCUCAGCCUCCCGAGUAGCUGGAAUUACAGGCAUGCGCUGCCAAGCCUGGCUAAUUUUUUGUAUUUAGUAGAGACGGGGUUUCACCAUGUUGGUCAGGCUGGUCUCAAACUCCGGACCUCAGGUGAUCUGCCCACCUCGGCCUCCCAAAGUGCUGGGAUUACAGGUGUGAGCCACCGCACCUGGCCAAAAAGGUCUAAUUUUCUUUUCUAGAAGCAAGUUGUCCUGAUUGUGUGUUUUUGGACAGUCUCACAUUUCCCUGCCAAUUCAAAAUGACACCUUUCUCACACUCUGACUUUCCACAUGUUCAGGGUCAGUUUCUGGACUUCCUAAUCCUGCCCCGAUCUCCAUUCUAUUUCUGCAUCCACACCACAGCUUCUGAUUCCCACAGCUUGAGUUCAUUUUGCUACCUGAUAGGGUAAGUCCCCUCAUUCUUAUUUUCCCCAAUCUUCUUAGGUUUACUCUUUGAAUCAACUGGCCAGGUCCUUAAAACAAACCC